ACCCGGAAACCCGAGCCGGCGCCGUCCACCGAGUGGGGCGGACCCAGGAUCCAGGCCCAGAGCCGCACAGCCGCGGGAUCCCGCCAUGGAGGCAGGUUCCGACGCCAAGGGGGGCGACAGCCCCACAGGCCCGGAGGACUCCCCAGCCGCCGCCGACCCGCGCAGCCCAGCGCAGCCGUCGCUCCCGCAGCUCCCCCGCCGCCCGCAGCUGCUGGACGAAGAUGCGGGGUCGGAGGAGGACCGGGCCGCUGCCGCAGAGGGCGAUGAGCUGGCCCGGGGAGACCCAGAACCCCCGUCCGCGCCGGGCGAGGCGGGGCCCGGGCCCAAGGCCACCGGCGGCACGGUGCCGCCCAUCGGCUUCGUGGGCGAGCCCCCGCCCUACGCGCCGCCGGACCCCAAGGCGGUGGCGCUGCUCUAUCCGCCCUUCCCCCAGGUGCCCGUGCUGUUCCAGCCUGCGCCCGGGCCUGCAGCGAUCUACCCGCCUCCGCCCGGCCCGCUCUUCCCACCUGCGGCUGGAGGAGCCUCCUUCCCCUUCCCUGCGUAUGGCGGCCCCGUGGCUGGUGCCCCCGCCCCCAUGCAAGUGGAACACAGGCCGCUGCCCAAGGACUUCAUGAUGGAGUCGGUGCUGGUGACCCUGUUCUGUUGCCUGCUCACAGGGCUUAUUGCCAUCGUCUACUCCCACGAGACUCGAGCAGCCCUGGGCAGGGGUGACCUGGCACAGGCAGAGGCAGCCUCAAGGAAGGCCCGCUCACUCGUGCUCUUCAGCCUGCUCUUCGGAGUGUUCGUGUCUACCAGCUGGGUCAUCUAUGUGAGCCUCUGGAAGGACAUGGCUACCUCCAGCCCAGCUCAGGGAUCCGGCUCUGGUCAGUAUGGACUCUCCCCCGGAGUUCCGGCCUGGUCUUGCACCCUUGCCCACGCUGGGAGAGAUCAGGACUACUAUGUCGGUCAACAAAGUGGCAGAACUUCCUGUGUACUUCAGAGGACACGGCUACUUUCUGUCUUCCUUUGUGUGCAGUUGAAUCCCCAGGUCUGUCUCCCGCCUUUCCUGGCUGUCUGAUGCUCACAGUUCACCUUCCUUUCUUGAGAUCCACUUUUCUGUAAAUGUCACUCUUCUCUUGUCUGCUCUGGCUUCUGUUGGCCAUCUGCUGAGGCCUUUGGUUACUGUCUUUUCCUGCCCCAGCUUCGCGAGCAAUCUCUUUUCAGUUGUCAUCCCAAAUAGAUCAGCUGAGGGGUAGAGGAUGUGCCUCAGCUCAUGCACAAAGGCCCAUGCUCCAUUCCCAGCACUACAAAAAUGGGGCGUGGUGGUGCACAUCUGUAACCCCAGAACUUGAGCAGAAGGAACAAAAGUUCAAGGUCAUCCUUGACUCCGCUGAAAGAUGGAGGCAAGGCUGGCUAUAUGAUACUGUCUAAAAAAUCGACAAGCAAAAGGGUCCCCAGUUCCUCAGAAGACUGUCCUGACUGGAGUGCUCUCAGAUCAGGCCACCUCAGGUGGUAGGAGACACCUGCACAGUAAUACACAGCUGUCCCCACAUGCGUGUCCCGGGGCUCGGCCCAGCUGGCUGUGGGAAAGACUGUCGUCACAGAGUUCCAUCUGUGAGGAGCACACAAGGGUGCACCGUAAGGCACAGUGAGCCCAUGCAGGCUCGCCUCUCCUUUAGGCCCUGCUGCCUGAAGCCACAGCCUCUGCCAGUAUGGACACAGAAGCCCAGCCUCCUCUAGGAGUAAAGAAGGUCAGCGGUGAGCAGCAGGGGCAUCCAGGACACAGGGCUGUCCUGGCACCUGACCUUCAAAAUGCAAGACAGCCGCAGCAAAGAGGAAAAGACUUUUUGGGGGCUGGUAGAUGCCUCAAAAGUACCUCAUUGAACCCACCAGCCAUCUACAGCAUUCUUACACUCCUUUAAGUAAGUCAUGGGAGCUGGGCAAUGGUGGUGCAGAGGCAGGUGGAUCUCUGUGAGUUCAAAGCCAGCCUGUUCUACAGAGUGAGUUUCAGGACAGUCAAGGCUACACAGAGAAACCCUGUAUCAGACAAACAAUUACUGUGGAAGGUGUCUAGGAGGCUCCUUUGGAGGUGCUGAGUCCCCCAGGGGGUUUCGUUAAACUGCAGCGGAGACCAUAAUGGCAGCCUGAAGGUCUGCAUGAUUAAGGAGCUUCUUGCCUCUUCUGCUUCUGCUGCUGCUUCCAGACACCGCGGGUGGUGAUUAAUAAAACUGUUGAGAGUACCUGCACCAGGAUCUUACCAUAAAAGCUCCAGUGUCUGCUGCGUGAUGCUGCUGUAAGGUUGCAGCUGAUACAAAAAACAAGAAAGUGGAGGCUGGAGUGUGAGAAGCAGAGGAGGUGGAAAUCAGUACAGUGUACAGUGAGUAGUCAGCAGUCAAAAUGGGGUACAGCUCAGCGCUGUGUAUGGAUGAACAGUCACCAAAGUGAGGGACGGCUCAGCACUGUGUAUGGAUGAACAGUCACCAGUCAGAGUGGGGGACGGCCCAGCAUUAGGAAGAGUCACCGGGUAAAGUGAGGGGAUGGCUCAGCACUAUCAAGUUAAAAGGUAAAGGAGUUUGCCACCAAGACUGACAACCUAAGUUUCAUCUCCAUAACCUGGCGUGGUGGAGAGAGCCAGCUCCUCAAAGUUGUCCCUGAGUGCCACACAAGCAUCGAGGCAUAUGCACAGCUGCCCAUGCACACACAGAUACCCGAAAUAGAAAAAAAUAAAUAAAAUGUAUUAAAGGAAAAGAAAAUCAGAAGAUAUGGUUCUAUAGCUAGUAUGCCAUGAAAACCAAAACCAAAUGCACAGACAAAACAGAAGGCAACUCAGUAAGGUGGCUGGAUACAAAACAACAUAAGCACUUUCAGGUUAAAAAAUUCAAGACACUGCUCAUAAAAGUGACAAAAACGAAGUGGUGGCACAUACCUUUAAGGUUGACCUUGAACUCAUAGUGGUCUGUUUGCUUCUGCCUUCAGAGUGCUGGGAUUAAAGGCAUGAGCCACCAUGCUGGGCAAAAAUGAAAAAUGAAUUAAAAAAAAAAAAAAGCCGGUAGUAAUGGUGCACACUUGUAAUCCCAGCACUUGGGAGGCAGAGGCAGGCCAAUCUGUAAUUUCUUGGUCUAUGAGUGAGUUUCAGGACAGCCAAGGAUACACAGAAAAAGACCCUGUCUUGAAAAAACAAAAGUGGAGCACAAUUGGAGAUGACACCGAAUGUUAGGGUCCAGACUCUUAACUCAUAUCCACAUUCAAACACAUGUGCUUGCGCACACAACUGAGAUUUUAACAGUAAUUGCUUCAUACCAGUGAGUAGCUGAGGGUCAGAUGACUGUUGUGGGAGUCUCCAUGUACCACUGCAUCUCACAACUGACAUCUUGACAACACUAGCUAAUCAAAUAUCUCAUUUAUGUGUAUAGGUCCCCCUCCCACACACACACCCUGGGGAUUGAAUUUAGAGCCUCACAAGCUAGGAAUGCACCUUACCACUAAGCUUCAUGCCCAGCCCUUAUAUUUAGGCCUUUUACACCUCUUCCCUCUGAGUGCCUAGUUUUCUGUGUGGAAUCUAGCACAUUUCAAUAGCAUCCCUGUUUUUGUUUUUUUAAAUGACAGUAUUAGAGCUAAAAGUAUUGCUAUUUUCUCUUUUUAAAGCCCACAUCGUCUGGCUGAAAUCCAUGUUCACAUGAUGCUGUAAUCCAUGUAUUUUAUUGUUUUCUUUUCAGGAAUUAAUUCCAGGUGUGUUUUUCUUGUUUUACUGCAUCAGCUAGAAUUGCAAGCACUGCAACACUGAAUAGAAGUGUGGAUGGUGAAUUGCCUUUUGAACUCAGAAGUUUUUCAAUUUUUCACCUUUGUAAAAAGACUAAAAAAAUUUAUCAAGUGCUGUACCCCUAGUUUUUUAAACACACACACACACAACCGCCCCCCAUCAUAAUUUGGACCUGACUGGAAAGUUAUGAAAUGUGUUCUAUUGCUAUGAUAACUAUAUUGACUUUCAAUCCAGUUUGUUUUUUUUUUCAAAGUCUCACUGCAGCCCAGAGAUCAUAAAGAUCUACCCACCUGCUUCUGCCUUUCAAGUGCUGGGAUUAAAGAUGUGCACUACCAGCCAA